AUGGCCCCUUCUGCUAUUACCGACACUACUGCUCCCAACGGAGCCAAACAGGUGGCCCAGAAGGAUCUUCCCAGUCCGAUUCACCCAUCCAUGAUUCUUCGUUUGGACCAAGACUUCAUUGAGUAUUACAAUGCAUACAUCGCCGUCAAACCUGUUACCCACCAGGUUAGCAUGGAGGAUGUUCGCAAAUACCCGAAGUUAUAUGCCGCUUCCUGGGCCAAAGAUUUCACAUUCGAGCCGUUCGUGAAUGAUAUAGAAAUCCCGGGGCCGGAUGGGAAUAUGAUCAAAGCUCGAUGCUACACACCUAAUCCAAGGACUUCACCACACGGCGAUGGCCCAUAUCCUAUUCACAUCAACGUCCAUAGUGGCGGAUUCAUCUUUGGCGACCUGACUGGAGAUGCCGAAUUAUGCAUGCUGGUGCGAGAUCGGCUAAUGUUUAUCGCAGAGCACUUCUGGUACAAGGGACAUGAGGAUGUUUGGGCAGCAUUCAAAUGGGUCGGAGAACAAGGCAAGACUAUUAAUGCCAACGUCGACUCUAUCUCCAUGGGAGGGAUCUCUGCUGGUGGGCAGAUCACCGCCGUGUGCCAGCAGCUUGCUCGGAACGAGGGCUAUGAGCUGAAGCUCGCUCUCCUCGCAGUUCCCUCUGUUGACGAAUUCAUAUCAUUGAAGCAGCCCAGUGAUUCGCCAUACCCAUCCUAUCAAGAAAAUGCCCUUUCUCCGUGCCUGAGCUGGAAGAGAAUCGCCUAUUGCGGCGAGGUCAUCAACUCGGCUCUGCACAAGGACGACGAUCUAGUGCGCCCCGAGUUCUGGCAUAACCCUAUCCGUGGAGAAUUGGCAGGUUUGUGCAGGACCUUUAUUGCGACGGCAGACUGUGACCCUCUCAGGGACGAAGGAGAGAGCUAUGGUGCCAAAUUGGCUGCUUGUGGUUUACUGCCUUCCAAGGACCAAUAUAACAAGAUCUGUUCACAAUACAUAAGCUGGAAAAGAACAGCUGAAGAAGCGUUCGAGAAGGACCCUAUGUGCUAG